AUGCUGUCGCACCUGAAGGAGCUCCAGGCGGAGAAGAAGAGCUAUGACCACGUCGACAGCGCCGUCGACAUGAGUCCAGGUGGGUACAUUAAAACGCCUAGCAGUUUGAAUGACGUGGAAGGUGGUCGGACAGCGCAAGAGCAGGAGCAGGAGGCGCAAGAGAAGGAGCAGCACCAAGCGCAGCGGCCGUCACAUGACCCCGUUCAGCUCUGCGAUAAUCGGGACGUCCGAACUGCCAGAGACAAGCGCGAGAUCGACAAAUUGGCUCGGGACUCGCAGUUUCGCGUGAAUGGGAUUGUCGUGGACCACGAAGUCAAGGGCGGGGCCAGGAACGGAUGGGAAAGUGUGUACGAGAUCAUGUACAAGAGCUCGACGUCCACGGGUCAACGGGUGGCGCUCGUGCUGCUUGUGAUGGUGUCAAUGAGUGUUGCAGUUGCUGUGCUGGACAGCGUGGAUGAUAUUCGAGAUGGCAUUGGUGACGUUUUACUGGCUCUCGAAGCGUUUUUUACGGUGGUGUUUUCAGUGGAAUAUUUCUUGCGAACGGCAUCGCUGCGCCAUCCAGGGAGGUUUAUGCUCAGUAUGAUGGGGUUUAUUGACGUGUGUGCACUCGUGCCGUCGUAUCUGGCCUUCAUUCUCCCGGAUGCCAGACCGUUGCUGCACUUGGCAGUAUUGCGGAUAUUUCGGGUGAUGCGCGUGUUUCGGUUGCUGCGACUUGCACGAUUUGUGGAUGCCGGUGCUGCGUUGAGUGACAAUAUCCAGUCAAACAAGAGACGCAUUGCGGUAUUCCUCGUGGCGCUGUUUACGAUGAUUAUUGUUAUCGGGUGCGCCAUGUAUCUCAUUGAAGGCGACCGGCACGAUUUUUCCAACAUCCCCAUCAGUCUCUACUGGACGGUGGUGACCAUGACUACAGUGGGAUACGGAGAUAUUUCUCCCGAGACCAUUUUAGGCCGCAUGUUGGCAACUGUGGUCAUGUUCGUGGGCUACGGUAUGAUUGCCUGUCCGCUAGUGCUCAAUCAGACUGGAUCGCAGGACAUUUUGACGGAAGUAGUCGAGUGUCCGCGUUGCUUUCGACGAUUGCACCAAGACGAUGCAAAUUUUUGCCGUGUGUGUGGGACGGCACUUCGCCAGCCUCGCGCAAAGAGUAUAAAGGCUCGACGUGAUCGCCGUCUCCGCCUCGCAAAGCUUCGGUUACCGAUCCCCGACGGUGACCUUUCGUUCUCGACCUCUUCUACCAUGAGAUCGAACGCUUUGCUGCUUUCGGGAGACUUGGACUCGACGCGGACAAUUGACCAGGGCGAGUGCUAG